AUGCACCUGAACCACUCCGUCGCUGCGUUCUUGACCCUCUUAUCCGCCACGCUGCCCAGGGAAAUGUUCGCCAACAUAAGAGCAGGCAAUAGGCACGGAAAAAGCGAGCAGCCCCAGCUGUCGGGCGAGGGGGGCCAGCAGAUGCACGAGACAGGGCCCGGAACUUUGAAAAAUAUCUCAAUGUCACUGACUCCGGGGGCUUCUGGCAAAUGUCCUGCCGUUUGGCCCGGGAGUCCGCUACAUGUAGCAAAACUUUCCGCUCGGCGCGCUCUAGCACCUCGCGACGCCUUUAGUCGAACCCGGCGUGAUGCGUCGAUUUGCUAUGACGGCUAUAGCCUCCUGGAGGGGCGGACGCUGCGGGUGGCGGCCGAGGAGUGGGUCCCUCACAUCGCCGUCAAGGAGGACCGGAGCGGCAACAUCUCCAUCAGCGGCCCGAUGGCUAACCUGCUCCACGCCCUGUCCACGGCUCUCAGAUUCAGCUACACCCUGGUGCGGCCCCGCGACGGCGCCUGGGGCAUCCCCACUGAAGCGGGCGACUGGAACGGAAUGAUCGGGAUGGUCAAGCGAAACGAAGCUGACCUGGCCCUCGGCCCCUUCGGCCUGACCUACUCCAGGUCCCGCGUCGUGGACUUCUCUUCGCCCAUCCUUAUCGACUACUAUCGUAUCCUGACGAAAAGGCCGCGCUCUGAGCCCGACCCCAAGGGCUUCCUCACGCCUUUCAGGUGGCACGUGUGGAUCGGCUUAGUCUUGUCGGUUGGCGCAAUUGGGGCCGUGCUCUUUGGCGUCCGCAAGGCCGCCCACUCCUUCUUCGGGGGCGAGCAGAUGAAUCCGUCCAAAAACGCAAGUCUGCCGCAGCAUUUGUGGGCGGUCUAUGGGGCGCUAAUCAGCCAGCCUUACACGUGGAUGAGUCGGUCGUGGAGCGGGCGCGUCGUCGUCGGCAUGUGGUGGCUGACGGCGCUCAUCAUCGCCCGCUCCUACUCCUCGGCCCUCACCUCCAUGCUGGCGGUGCGGACGGUGCCCGUCAAGUACAACUACCUCAGGCAAGUCAUCGGCGACCCGGAUAUCCAUCUCAUUUUCGAGAAAGCGACGGCGUUGGUCGAACACAUGUCUACGGUCCAGGAGGGGGUCUACAAAGAUCUGGCGAACACCAUACAGCAGGACCGCGCGCACUUCCUCGCCUCGUCCAAACUCUACAACGCCGCCUACACGGACGUGAGGAACAGACAGUACGCCCUGCUGGUGGAGGACACCACCUGCAGGAAGGUCUUCUCGGAUGACUUCACUAAAUACGGUCGCUGCGACUUCUACAUCGGCAAGGAGCGUUACUGGCCUCUCAUCUUCUGCUUAAUCGGACGAAAAGGAACGCCGAUUAUGCAGGCAAUCAACAGCAAGAUCGAGCGCCUGGUGUCCCACGACCUGUACUUCAAGUGGUUGGAGGACGAGCUGCCGAACGCCACCGCGUGCCUGAAGGCGAGCACCAAAAUCACGGUCAACGAAGCAUACGACCUCACCGGCCUUUGGGGUGUGUUUGUGCUGUUUUUGGGCGGCUUGAUAGUUGCUGCGUUGAUUCUAAUGACCGAAGUAUGUGUGGCUGUUGUGGCCGACUAG